AUGCCGCCAAAAAAAUGUUUAAAAAAGCGUAAAGAUAUGAAACAGAAACGUGCUAUUGAAAGUAAGCUAAUGCAAUUGAGUCUUAAAAUCGACGAUUAUAUCUAUAACAAAAAGCCCAUAUGUUUAGCAGAUGCACAAAAUUAUAAACAAACAAUUGAUGCCUUUAAUGAGUCGUGUCGUAAGGAUAUGCGUCUGAUGCAGGUAAUAGAGAAGUUGGGCCGUUUAUUGCAAACAAUUAUUGAGGAACAUACUUCCAGCAUACCAAUUGAACCAACGGAUAAAAAUUGCGAUUCAAUCAUAUGUACAAACUCCAACUCUUUGGAAACCCAAAACAUAAACGCUCCGUUAGAGGCAGAAAUAACUCAAGAGAUCGAGGCUAAUUCUACUUGUUACGAUACACACUUUACCCCAAAAAUAAAUACAGAUAAUGCCACAAACCUCAAUCUUAAUAAUGAUAUCAACAAUACUGCUGAAAUUCAAAAGCACGUGAAAGAUUUUGAAAUUACAAAUUCCACAACCAAUACGAAAAUCGGUCAUGAUACCCAUAGUGAAGAAAAUGUUAACUUAACUGACGCAAAAAAUAAUGAAUCAAAUGUUUCAUGGAAACUAAACAUUCAGAACAUAAUGGACACUAAAACUGGAAAUGCAUAUGAGACACAAGUAAUAAACUACCCUGAUGACGAUUUGCAAUCGAGAAAUGCGCCAGAUGCUACUAAAACUAUUAAUGAAAAUACAAAUACAUUUACCGUUAAAGUAACCCCUGGUGAUGGCCGUGUAAAUAAUCAAACUGCAGCGGCACAAACAGUUAAAAAUAAAAGAAAGAAAAAUGACUUAAAUACUGUAAACUUGCCCGCUUUUAAAAAUUCCACAACUAUAACUCCUAAAAAACCGAACAUAUUGAAUUCGAAUAAAAAGUCGAAACAAACAAAAACUCACUUGACAUGGAUAGAGAAUAUCAAAUACGUCCGAGAAGUAAGCGUUGAUGAAUACGACCCCAAAUUGAGGGAACUCUCCGAAUCGUUUUGGCACAAUUGCGUUUUUCCAAGUGAUUGGGAGAACGAAUUCAUCGACUAA